AUGUCAAACCAGAGCACCACUGAGCCAACUCUUGUGAUUACUAUCUUAUAUCGAGAACUUGCUGUUCUUGCAACGUUUUUGCGAUAUAUCUCAAAUGAAAACAAAUUCGCAUAUAAUGGGAACGAUAACCAUGAUUUGUCUGGAUGUGACAAAUGCUUCACAUCUUGUCAUGGCUUUGAAUCGACUUUGCGCCAUCUGUGCACCUACCAAGUACGCGAAGUAUUUCAGGCAACAGAAAGCGUCUUUACAUGCAUUCUUCCGGAACUACUCUGCAAUAGAAGGCAACGCACAGGAUUUAGUCAAGAGUAUGUUGCACGCAAGCGAUCUUCAUGGGUGUUCAUCGCUUUAAUUUGGAGCACUUCUAUAAUAGAUCAUGUCAUCGUGGAAGGCAUUCUUGGAUGUACAUAUUAUUAUAGUGACAGUGCUUGGGGAUUUGUAUUUAAGUUUGGUAAGGACUGCGAUUUCGUGCUAUAUUCCACUAAUACGAUCAAGCAGUUUUGCAUGGUUGGGAUUAUUGGAUCAAUAGACACACUGACUCUGGUGAAGUUACGUCUCACUUCAAGGAAGUUCUCUGAUGCUCAAGCUGCCGCUAGUCGAAAAGCUGAUAUAAAUUUCUUCAAGCAGGCAUUACUGCAGUUCCUAAUUUGGAUAGUAGAGAUGGUUUGCUACUUUUUCGUCUCCAACUUUUUCACACACGUCUUCAUUAAAUGGAUCCUCAUGAAUUUGGCAUGGUUAAUCAUGCAUAGUGCUGACGGAAUUUCAUUGCUGGCCAUAAAUCAGGAAUUCAAAAAACUAUUUUGGAGUCCAAUGAGUGUGUGCAAAAAACCAAAGAGAAUCGACGCUAUUCCUGUAUCCACAGCUGUUGCAAGCCGCGCACAUCAGACAGAACACGGUUUCAAGAUUGAGUUUUCUCAUUCAUAA